AUGCGCAAUCUGAUACAAAUCGGUUCUUCUGUUUCUGAUUACGGUUCCUAUCAUCAUGUCCAUCAACCGACCAAGAUGACAUCAUCGACAGGAUCCAGCGGCACUCACAGCUCGGGAAGUCAGCUGUCGAGCCCUCCUAGCACCAACAAGAAAACGAAUUAUCCCACAUCUGGCCGAGUUUCCGCUCUUCAUGUCACUCCAUCACCCAGUGAUUCCGGCAUCGUUGACUACGAGACCCUCAUUCGUGACAAGGAAAAUGAGCUCAGAGUGGUGAGAAAUACAAUGGAGCAAAAUGAAGAAAUCAUAGUAAAAGUGUAUCAAGAAAAGGAACGUGCAUGGAAAGAAGAAUUGGAACAUUUGCGUUCACGUCUCAGUGCAUCCGAAAAAGGUGAAAACGCUCUUCGAGCACAAUUGGCAGGCUGCCAAAAGCAGACGGACACCAUGAGCAGGACCAUCGAUGGAUUACGCGACGAGAAGACAGGCUUACUCAGAAAGUGCUUCCAACUUGAACGUGAACUAGCGCAAAUGAAAAUGGAAAUGGAGAAACCACGGGAAUGUGACGAAUGUCGGCAACGUCAUUCUGGACCGCUGUCCAGGCGAACUCAAGUAAGUAUAAGUAAUUGGAUUCUCUCUGAUGGGUCUUUGCGUGGUGAGGUUGCCAGUUUACGCGACGAAGUCGCAACGCUCAAAGAGGCGCUCACAGCUCAAAUGCAAGUGUUCACUGACGAGAGGAAAAAAUGGGAGCGUGAGGCUCGUUCCGAAAGCAAUCAGGUUUCGAUCGGAAGGGAUAGACUUAUCUGA